CAGAUUUUUACUCCUAUUUUAUUAUAGAAACAAAGUGAAAGGGGGUUUGAAGUUAUUUAAUGAACAGUUUUGACUGCUGUUUUUAAAGUUUAUGGGCUGACAAGUUAAAAAAAAAACGUACAACAUCCCUAAGAAGAGGCUUUUAUUUUAUUUAGAUGUUUUAUUUUUAACACGCGUAUGUAGAGUUUUUGACCCCUUUGACUUUCCGUAGUUGCCGGAAGUGAAGYAGCGCGGUUGGAAUGUGUUUCGCGGGAGUUCAGCGACUGAACUGGCUGUGUUUUUGAACUCGGACGAUAGAUCUUUACUAAAUUGUUUUUAUAAUAAUGAGUUUGUGGCUGGAUAAAUAUCGACCUACUUCUCUCGGGAAGCUCGACUUCCAUAAGGAACAAGCGACUCAGCUGAAAAACCUGGUCCAAUGUGGCGACUUCCCUCACUUGUUGGUGUACGGUCCAUCAGGAGCGGGGAAGAAGACCCGCAUCAUGUGUUUACUGAAGGAGCUGUAUGGGCCAGGAGUGGAGAAGCUCCGCAUAGAGCACCAAACUGUAGUGGCUCCAUCAAAGAAGAAAAUUGAGAUAAACACAGUAGCCAGCAACUAUCACUUGGAGGUCAACCCAAGCGAUGCAGGAACCCAGGACCGUGUGGUGAUUCAAGAGCUGAUUAAAACUGUGGCUCAGUCCCAGCAAAUCCAGUCGAGCACCCAGAGAGACUUCAAAGUGGUGCUCCUAACAGAGGUGGACAGACUCACAAAAGAUGCUCAGCAUGCUCUGCGUCGCACAAUGGAGAAGUACAUGUCUACCUGCCGCAUCAUCCUCUGYUCAACGUCCACCUCCAAGGUCAUCGAGCCGAUCAGGAGCCGCUGUCUGGCCGUCAGGGUUCCUCUGCCGAGCACGGAGGAGGUCUGCAGCGUGCUAACGUCGGUGUGUAAAAAGGAGGGUCUGCUCCUGCCCCCAGAACUGGCCCGACAAAUCAGUGAGAAGUCUGGACGCAACCUCCGCAAAGCCCUUUUGAUGUGCGAGGCCUGCAGAGUGCAGCAGUAUCCGUUCUCAGCUGACCAGGAUGUGCCAGAGGCAGACUGGGAGGUCUACCUGAGAGACACCGCUAACGCCAUCGUCAGCCAGCAGAACCCUCAGAGGUUGUUGGAGGUCCGGGCCCGGCUCUACGAGCUGCUGAUUCACUGCAUCCCUCCUGACAUCAUCAUGAAGAGUCUGGUGAAAGAGCUGCUGAAUAACUGCGACGGACAGCUGAAGACGGAGGUGGCUCACCUGGCAGCGUACUACGAACACAGACUGCAGCUGGGCAGCAAAGCCAUCUACCACCUGGAGGCGUUCACAGCCAAGUUUAUGGCCAUUUAUAAGAAGUUUAUGGAGGACGGACUGGAUGCUAUGAUGUUUUAAGUGUUAAACUGACUUAUUGUAGAGUUCAAAAGCCCUUGUGGUGACACAAAACUACCAAAUGCAGGCUUUGACAGGUUUGGUGUUUGUUGCUCAUAAACACUUCUGCUCAGUUUAAUGUAAAACAACAAAGUUGCAGGAAAUGAGGAUUUAUGAUGUUUUUGUGAGUCACAAUAAAUUACUUUGUUUACAACA